AUGUCAUCUCGACCUCGUCCCUCCGCUCACAACUAUGAGCUGCUGCCGCGGGCCUCUGCCGACCUCGAAGACCUGACCACCCUCAGGCGCCGCGACUCCAACACUUCGAAUUCAUCGACCAAGUCGUGGCUCGGUCGCCUGGGUCACAGCAUUCCAGGCGUGAACAAGCUUACAGACCCAGCUGUAUGCGCCCACUAUAUCACCCCGCGCCGCAGGAAACGCUCCGUCCUGCGCCUGAUCUACUACACUGUCUUCUCUGUCCCCUACCUCUGCCUCUUCCUCGUCCUCUUCGUGGGCAUCUUCUUCCCAUCAUACACACAUCGACCAGCCCAUUACAAUGAGCUCCGUAAGCGUGCGCUCGCCAGCGAUUCGCCCGGUCGCGCAAACAUACACGACCAGAAGGUCUUCAUUGCGGCAGCUAUCUAUGAGGAGGACGGAGCGCUGACAUCGGGAGCGUGGGGCAAGUCGGUGCUUGAACUGGUGCAUCUAUUGGGCCCACAGAACGUUUACUUGAGUAUCUUUGAAAACGACGCGGAUGAUGUUACAAAGGAGUCGCUGCGUGCCAUGGAGAAGAAGACGCAAAGCAACUCUACUAUCGUCUACGAAGACUUCGACCUAAGCUCGUUGCCGCGCAUUAUCCUGCCCAACGGCGACUCCCGCAUCAAGCGUAUGACAUUCCUCGCCGAGGUCCGCAAUCGCGCUCUUGCGCCUCUCGAGACCUCAGAGGUAGCGUUUGACAAGAUCCUCUACCUCAACGACGUCAACUUUGACCCCAUCGAUGCCGCCCAACUCCUCUUCUCCACCAACGUCGAUGCCAACGGACUGCCAAACUACGGUGCAGCUUGCGCCGUGGACUUCAUCAACGCCUUCAAGUUCUACGAUCGAUUUGCGACGCGAGACCUAGACGGUGCCGAUAUGGGGGUUCCAUUCUUCCCAUGGUUCACCAACGAGGGCGAAGCAACAAGCAGGAAAGACACCAUUGCGGGCAGUGAUGCGGUCCGAGUGAGGAGCUGCUGGGGAGGCAUGACUGCAUUCGAUGCAAAAUGGUUCCAGGACCAGACUCGCUUCACGAGCAGCGCACCCAAGACAACAUCUGAAUCGGAAACCUCGCCGAACCCUACAACAUCUCCUCUCCGUUUCCGUUAUGAGGAAGAUACCUUCUGGGAGUCAUCAGAGUGCUGCCUCAUCCAUGCCGAUCUCCAGUAUCGACGUUCCGGGACUGGCUUCCCGCAGGAUUCAGGAAUCUACAUGAACCCUUACAUCCGCGUGGCGUACGACACCAAGACGCUUUCUUGGCUUUCUCUCACACGUCGUCCGGAGAGGCUAUACUCCAUCAUACAGGACAUCCUGAACCACGUUGCGGGCUUCCCGCUCUACAACCCCAGGCGACAUGAGGAACCGGGCCAGGUCGUCACCGAUACUGUUUGGGAAUAUGACGAUCCCGUCAAAGCAUACCUACCCAAUGCUUCUGAGGCUGACCUCAAAGGCCAAUAUCGUCAGGUCGAGCGCACAGCACAACCGGGCGGCUACUGCGGCGGCAGAAAUCUUCUCGUCAUCAACGAGACCCCCGAGCAGGGCGAGGGCAAAUGGGGCAAGAUCGAACCCCCUUCGCCCUCCCGACCAUAA